UGCUCUCAGAGCGCCUGAGGGGGCCCCGCGGUGCGGGGGUUCGCGGCACCGGCGCCGCCGCUCCCGGGGGCCGUGGGGGCUCCAGGGUGACGCCGGUGGGAGAGGGUACCGCUCCCUCGCCCCCUCCCCCGGCCGAGGCUGAGGGGGAGAGGGGCGGCCCGAGGCUUCCAGCCGGUGGUGCAGGAGCUGGAGGUGGGAUGGAGGUAGUGGCGUAAGGACCCCGCGCCUGCACCGCCACAAUUAGGGAGGAAGGAGGCUGGAAUCGCUGGUGGUGUGCGCCUGUGGCUGCUCCCCAUGGCAGCUGCGGACCCCCAGGUUGUGGCCUUGGCUGCUCAGAUCACUGAGAGCGGGGAACAGGACAUCCCCCUGCUGCUGCUGAAGUUAAAGGGAGUUUUAAGUAGCCCUUCCUUGGGAUGUGAAGAAUCAAAACAAAUGAAGCAAGAUAUAUAUGAUUAUGGUCUUACUCAGUACUGCUUGCUGGUCCUUAGGCAAGACCACUCUCGACUGCAGGGAGGCUGGGCCACUGCUGCCCAGCUAGCAGAGAUACUAAGUCAUUGUUGUGUAGGACUAGAGAUGAAAGAAGAUCCUGAGGAAUUUUACAAGAAGUUUCUUCCUUCGGCCACAGACAACCUGCUGGUUUUGGGAAAGCGCUUGCAGGCGAGAUUUAUCCGAGCAAUCAAGGAUAAAGAAAAACAAGAUUUUUUACACUGGUUCCAAACAGUAACCAAUGCCAUCUGCUGGCUGCUCGAUGGGCAUAUUCAACUAGCAGCAUGUGUACUGCAAAAUGAUUGCUUCCUGCAGUUGUUAAUAACAGAUGAUGUUGAAACAGCAAUUAUAAUGAUGUCUGUUUUACACAAUAUUUUGAGGAUCAAUAGUUCUGUCUUCCUUCAAGUUGAUAAAGCGACCCUUCACUCUAUUUUGGAUGAACUUGUUUAUAAGCUUUCAUCUACCACCAAUCCUGCUGUUGGAAGUGCUGCCACAAAACUGCUGUUGGUGGUGGCAAAAUUGAGCAAACAGCUUGUGCAGUUACUCACAGCUCGUUACAAAGGAUUAAAAGGGCUUUUAAAUAAACAGUGGACUGGCAAAGGAUUUGACAGGGAGCUCAAUCAGCUCUUGGACAUGCUAUAUUUGGAACAAUCCAGUGGAAAAGGAGAAAUGCAGACUGUUUUAUUUCAGAAGCAGCAUCAAGCAGCAUCUAUAAUCCAGGCUACAUGGAGGGGAUUUCAGACAAGGAGAAGGCUGAAAAAGCUACCCCAAGCAGUGACCACAUUACAGAGAAGCUUCAGAGCUAAACGGGAACAGGAGCUGCAACACUUAGCAAAACAGAAGGAAGAUGAGGCUCUAAAACUGCAAAUGCAACUUCAGAGACAGAGAGCCAUGAGACUUUUCCAUGAACGACAGCUGGCCUUGCUGGAAAGAGUCCAUGCCAGUCAGGUAAAUAAAUACAUGGAGGAAAUGGAGGAUAAAUCAGCAUUAACUAUCCAGAGAUUCUGGCGAGGGUAUAGAGCAAGAAGAAUUUUUCAUCAACAGAAACAAUCUCUUAAGGAGUAUAAAGCAGCUGUCAUCAUUCAGAGAACAGCUUGUAAAUUCUUGGAAAAACGAAGAAGGAGGAGACCUCUCUCUCCUUGGAAAGAACCCAAGGGACUGACUGAUGAGCAGAGACUAGCUUUGCAGCAGAAGGUGGAUGACUACAUCAAAUUGCAUCCGGCUUCCCAAAUGUCAGAAGAAAUGAGUAAAGAAUUACAUAUGCAGGCUCAGGAGAAGCUGGCACAGUUCCUGUUGAGGAGCAGGCUGGAUCAGAGAGCAGCACAGAGGAGAGAGACAUUACUGGCUCAAGUCAACACUGAUGUGGAGCUGCUAAUGAAUGCUCCAGGGUUAGCAGAGACCACAGAAAAAGACAUUGGUGUCUUCGUGAGUCGAUCAGUCCCUGUAGCUACCAAGGCAAGACAAUCCCACAACACUAUGCUGAAAUACACUCGCUGGCCAUGGUGGAAAAAGCUUGGAGAUGAGUUUAUGGAGGAUGAUGUAAUUCCUGAUGAGGCCCUAAAUACAGAACUGGAAACUCUCUUUAUUGGUGGAAGAAAAUCUUUAUAGGUAACAGGCAGAAGAAUUCCAUAUUCAACCAGACUCAUACCUUGUACUGUGCACUUACUUUUGUGUGUUUUUAAGGAAGGAAAACAUUUGAAAAACACUGAAAAAUACCAAAACCUCAUUUUAGUGUAUUUUACUUAUCUUGGAAAGAAUCCCUUCCUGUACAUCAACAGUUGGAUCCUAUUGAUCUUGUCGCAAAUAGGAUUUAAAUACUGUAGUUGUAAAUGUAGUUGUAAAUAUUUUGUAAUUUGUAUCACUUUAAAGGUAAGUUUAUAAACUUUGUCUUUUCGGUUCUUGCUCACACUGGUAUGCAUAAAAAAUCAGGACAUUGGAAAAGCCUAGGCUUUUAUAGCAAAACAUUUUUAUCAAGUCACGUGCUUUGAAAUAAAGAUGGGUU